UCCAGAGGUCAAGUGCUAUUCGACAAAGUGUGUGAGCAUCUGAACCUUUUGGAAAAAGACUACUUUGGACUAACAUACAGAGACACAGAAAAUCAAAAGAAUUGGUUGGACCCUGCCAAGGAAAUCAAGAAGCAGAUCCGAAGUGGUGCUUGGCAGUUUGCAUUUAAUGUGAAAUUCUACCCUCCAGACCCUGCCCAGCUAUCUGAAGAUAUUACCAGGUACUACCUCUGCUUGCAGCUGAGAGAUGACAUCGUCUCGGGUCGGCUGCCCUGCUCAUUCGUCACGCUGGCCCUGCUGGGCUCCUACACUGUGCAGUCGGAGCUCGGCGACUACGACCCCGACGAGUAUGGCAGUGACUAUGUCAGCGAAUUCCGUUUUGCGCCGAAUCACACUAAAGAGCUGGAGGAUAAAGUGAUCGAGCUGCACAAGAGCCACAGGGGAAUGACACCUGCAGAGGCUGAGAUGCAUUUCCUGGAGAAUGCCAAAAAACUAUCAAUGUAUGGAGUAGAUCUCCAUCAUGCCAAGGAUUCUGAAGGAGUGGAAAUCAUGCUAGGAGUUUGUGCAAGUGGUCUCUUAAUAUAUCGAGACAGACUGAGAAUAAAUAGAUUUGCCUGGCCAAAGGUUCUGAAAAUUUCCUACAAGAGGAAUAACUUCUACAUCAAAAUCCGACCAGGGGAGUUUGAGCAGUUUGAAAGCACUAUUGGGUUUAAGUUGCCAAAUCAUCGUGCUGCAAAGCGCUUAUGGAAAGUGUGUGUUGAGCACCAUACAUUUUUCAGGCUCCUGCUGCCAGAAGCACCUCCAAAGAAGUUCCUGACGCUGGGCUCCAAGUUCCGCUACAGUGGUCGGACACAGGCCCAGACGAGACGAGCCAGUGCCCUCAUUGACCGUCCUGCACCUUACUUUGAGCGCUCUUCUAGUAAACGUUACACUAUGUCUCGCAGCUUAGAUGGGGAGGUUGGUACUGGCCAGUACGCCACAACAAAGGGCAUCUCUCAGACCAACUUGAUAACCACUGUGACUCCAGAGAAAAAGGCAGAAGAAGAGAAAGAUGAUGAAGAAGGCAAAAAGAAAAGAGAAGAGGAAGUCACCCCGGUCUCGGCAAUACGCCAUGACACCAAGCCAUCUUUGCUUGGCACUGAGUCCCGCCACCCCUCGCCACCCUCGCAGCCUGGCCCCCAUGCAUCUUCAGCCAAGCUUCGCAGGAGAUGCAAGGAGAGUGCUCGAACAAAGUCGUUCAGUUGUGAGGCACCCAACGAGAGCCCUGCAAAGCACGGCGAGCUGGAGCCGGGCUCUGACAGAAAGGGGCGAGUUUGCUCCACCGAGCAAGACGUGGCUUUCGGCUAUAAGCAAAAAGCCGGCAAAGGUGGAACGCUGUUUUCCUUCUCCUUGCAACUUCCAGAGUCAUUUCCUUCCCUCCUGGAUGACGACGGCUACCUGUCGCUCCCUAACCUCUCUGAAACCAACCUGCUGCCUGCCAGCGUGCAGCACUACCUCCCCAUCCGCUCCCCCUCCCUGGUGCCUUGCUUCCUCUUCAUUUUUUUCUUUCUGCUCUCUGCCUCUUUCUCAGUGCCAUACGCCCUCACUCUCUCCUUUCCUCUGGCUAUGUGCCUCUGCUACCUGGAGCCCAAGGCGGCCUCCUUGAGUGCCUCACUUGCCAAUGACCUGAGUGACAGUUCAGAGGAAGAGACUGACAGUGAGCAGACGGAUACUGCAGCUGAUGGUGAGACCACUGCCACCGAGUCGGAUCAAGAGGAGGAUGGAGAUCUAAAGGCACAGGACCUAGACAAAACCCAGGAAGAUCUGAUGAAACAUCAGACCAAUAUAAGUGAGCUGAAACGCACCUUCCUGGAGACCUCCACAGAAACGGCUGUGUCUAACGAGUGGGAGAAGAGGCUUUCCACAUCUCCCGUUCGGCUUGCAGCAAGGCAGGAGGAAGCUCCUAUGAUUGAACCACUAGUGCCUGAAGAGACUAAACAGUCCACCGGUGAAAAAACCUUGGAUGGUUCAGAUAUCUUCAGUUUAAUAGAGUCUGCCAGAAAACCGACUGAGUUCAUAGGAGGGGUUACUUCUACUUCUCAUAGCUGGGCUCAGAGAAUAGACACGACGACAUCUCAGGAGAUAACUUCCAGUGAAAUGAAGCAAGCAGUUCAGCCACAUCAGGAGACAGUGAAGAAGGUUGUACAGGAGACUGUCGUUAUGGAGGAGAGACGCGGCAUGAGUGUGCAUGCGAGCGGGGAUCCUGUGAAAGUGGCUGGACUUGCGCUGGAUGCCCAGGCUGAGGCAGCAUCUGGCGUGGCUGCUGGCCUGAAAGGGAAGGAGGGAUCUGCUGGGACUGAGGGGGCCAAGGAGGAGAAAAGGGAGGAGGCUGGGAAAGCCCCAGCCAAACAGGAAGGAGUCGCUGCUGCUUCCCGUGAGCAAGCGGAGGAGCGCGGUACAACAGUCCACCUUUCAGAGUCUUUGGAAAGAAAACCUCAUUUUGAGUCGCCAGUUGUGAAGACUGAGACUAUUAGUUUCAGUAGUGUUUCCGCUGGUGGGGAAAACCUUGAAAUUUCAACAAAGGAAGUGCCAGUAGUCCAUACAGAAACUAAAACCAUUACGUAUGAGUCUUCUCAGGUGGAUUGCAGUGCUGACUCAGAACCAGGCGUAUUGAUGAGUGCACAAACUAUCACAUCUGAAACCACCAGCACUACAACCACUACACAUAUCACCAAAACUGUGAAAGGAGGCAUCUCAGAGACAAGAAUUGAAAAACGAAUAGUCAUCACAGGAGAUGCAGAUAUUGAUCAUGAUCAGGCGCUGGCUCAGGCAAUUAAAGAAGCCAAAGAGCAGCACCCUGACAUGUCAGUGACCAAAGUAGUGGUACAUAAAGAGACAGAAAUCACACCAGAAGAUGGGGAGGAUUGACCACAGGAAUAACCUAGGUUGCAUAUGAAUCCAGACAUGCACACCAGUAGGAAUGCGAGAGCCUAUACGGAGUCUCAGUUCCAACCCGACUGACUUGUAUCUGUCUAUGGAAAAUUUCAGUACAGAAGAAUUGACCUUGACCGUUAAUAAAGAAACUGGCAGAGAAACCUUCCCAUAGAAAGCAAUCUGAAUCAGCAGCAGUUAAACAAUAUUGCAUGAAGCAAUGAUAAAAUUACAGAAAAGCAGCAUUUUUAAUUUUCUUAAAAUGUCUAAGUUUUCAGCUAUACCUGCACGUUCAUAAACAAUAUAAACAGUGAUCUCAUGUAACACAUAAACAGUUCAUGCCUUUCACAGUUUAUGAAAGUCUAAACAAAUUAAAAUCUGUUUAGGUGGCAAGCCUUUUGUUUACAGAUAUUGUAAAUGAAGAUUACCCCCCAAAUGCUAAAAGCUGUAUAGGUACUGUGUAUAAUGUUUUACCACACAUUAGAUGUGCCAAUAACACAGUUUAUUCAGUAAACAACUUGAAUCUUAUAUUUGUUUCAUCUGGUUUUAUUACUGCCCGAUAAACAAUGAUGAAUCUUUACUCUUAUCAAAAUAUUUAAAUGCUUACAAAGUGUGCUUUGUAUACCUGACUGAAUACCUUAUGAGGUAGUAAUGAUUUUAGAAUAUUAACUUUAAUGAUUUUAGUCAGCAUUGUUCAGAGUCAGCUUCCAGUCACCCUUCACAGAGCCUAACCUUGUAAAUUAUAUGUAGUUAUUUUGGAGAAGAAAAUCUGUAUUUUACUUAGUUUGCAGCAUUAGAAAAUUAUUAAUCUGAAAUAACCGUGAUGGUUUUCUAUUGAUUUCCCUUUCGUUCUCAGAGGAAAAAAA